CGAAUCCCUGUAAAAAUAAGAACCUUGUCGCGGAAGUGUAAAAAAACGAAACGAAACGAUUGGCGUGAUCAUUUUCUGCGAAUCAUAAUGAUGGUUUAAGAAUCUGUUCGAAAUAAGGAUAACCAUAACGAGCAAUGAAAGCAUCUCUAUGCUACUGCAAUAGGUAAAUAUCAGGUAUGUAGGAAAAUCACAUCACCCCAGCAGCUGAUGGGCUAAGAUGGCCGCGUGCGAUACAAACAAAUAAUGGCGAGAGGUCCACAAAGUUCGCGGGAAUAAUGCGGGUGAACGUGCCCGAUCUACGGUGGGAAUCCAGAUGCACAUGAAAAUGGCGUAUGCUUCGCGUAAUGCGAAAUAUUUGACUGAUAUUCAAUCCAACAUGACUGGUUACACGUAUCCUGGACAUGCUCCACCUCUGGGAUCCCAUAAUCAGCAAACAGAUGAAAACAGGAACGAGAAUAGCUGUGGGAAUAAGGAACUCUGUCAGCAGAAUAAUCAAAACAAUACACAGCAAUCAUCUGGAACGCAAACCGUUCAAAAAGUAGACGCUGCUACAAUGACCGAUCCGUUGCAGAUCGACUUUAGACUGACUUCUGAGUACUUGGCACGAUGUUCAAGCACCUUAGGUUUGCCUUAUGUUUUCAAAUAUGAAGAUAAUAGCAACAACUCUUCUCAUAACUUUCAAAAUGUUCGGCCAAAGUUGGAAUUUGAGGUCGAGCCGCAGCACAUUAACGGUAUGCUAGUAUACCAUUGCCCAGAGUGUGCGUACAGGUUCGAAAACCGAGAUGCGCUGCACGAGCAUCUAGAAGAUCACAGGCAACGGCCACAUAUCUGUGAUAUUUGUGGAGCAAGUUUGAAGCGCAAGGAGCAUCUGGAUCGUCACAAGCAAGGUCACAACAAAGACCGGCCUUAUCAGUGCUCGAUGUGCUGUAAGGCUUUCAAACGUAAUGAACAUCUUGCUCGACACAUGAUCAUUCAUUCAGGUAGUAAAAAUCAAAUUUGUACAGAAUGUGGUAAGGCGUUCUAUAGAAAAGACCACCUUAAGAAACAUCUGCAAAGUCACAGCGGUAAUAGAAAUAAGAGCAACUCGAGUAAUUCGCAAAAUAAUCAAAAUGCCCAGAAUUCAAACGAAGAGGGACUAAGCAAUUUUGCAAUGAUGAUGAGACAAGCUGGACCACCACCGUUUUCUAUUUUGCGCACUUAGCUGUGACUAGAUCGCUUUCGUUCAUUAAUGACAUAGUUUACCUAGAAUUCAUUACUUUUAAUUGAAUGAUUUUUCUUUUUUCGCUAUGAUUGAUGACUUUUCACCCUUUUUUCAUCGUUUUUUUUUUUCUUACUAUAAGAAUUCAACCAUGGUGCUGAAUACUAUUUGAAAUAAAUAAGAUUAUUCUCGUUUACUGUAUUUGAGUGUGAUAAAAUUAAGUAAUCAGGGAAUUUGAAGAAAACGCACUAAAGGUACCA